UUAAUGUUUUAUAAUACGGUUUGCUGAAGGAGAUUCUGACUCACUCUUCAUCUUGGUUCGUUAUUUAAAUGUGUUUAUGUAACAAAACUUACAUGAAUACAAGAUUGAUGUAACAGUAAGCUACUGAUCUUUGCUUUGGAAACUCAAACUUCGACGAGAAAUGGCCAUUUGGAUCAAUAUUUGGAUAAAUUUUGGCCUAUUUUCUAUUCUAAUAAUUGUUUGAAGUUCAAACAAAGGCUUCACGAUUAAAACCAAAGAUUCUUCAUUAAAGUAAGUCAGAGUAUUCACAACAUUAUAUUCUAAAUAAAUUUCUUGUUUGAAAAUGGCUUCACCACCUGAUAAACUGAAGAUUGAGGCAAAUGGAUCUCGUUUAAGUAAACUUUUGAUAAAUAAAGGCACCCAAGCUUUGAAAACAACAUUGCAAUUUAGUUUUAACUUUCGAUCAUCAAGUUUGAUCAAUGAACUUAAAGAUCUUUCAACAAUGAAUAAAUUGACUUUGCUUAAAAACAAAAGGGUCAUCAGUAAAGAGCAAUGGGAGCUUCUUUACCCGUCAAAUGGCUCAUCACCUGACAUUGAAAAAUUUGACAUCUCAUUAUUGACUGUCUUAUUGAGAAAUAUAUGUAGACUUGCACCGCCAAAUGGUGGAUGGGAUAAUCCUUCACCUUCAGAUACCUCAAUUUCAGCAAAUAUUGCAAGAAUAAAGUAUUAUCGAAACAAAGUGUACGGUCACAUAACAACAACUACUGUAGAUGACAGUGAGUUUGAGCACUUGUGGAAGGAAAUUUCAAAAUCAUUGGUUGCUCUGGGUAUUCAACAAACCGAAAUAGAUGAAGCAAAGAAAGCUCCCCUCAGUCCUGAUGAUGUAGAAAUGCUACAGGACAAAAUAUGCUCAGAUCUUCAGAAGCUUAGAAAGUGUAAUUUCAAUGGUCUUUUAAAAGAGCUUAACAAGAAAUACUUAUUACGUACUAGACAAUGGUUAUUUGAAAAACUUGACAAUUGGUUUACCGACAAAAACGAAGAUGUUUCUAAUGUCAUGAUUUUGAUUGCCGGUCCUGGCGUUGGAAAAAGUGUGUUUGCUGCUGAGGUGUGUCGACGAUAUUCUGAAAUAAAGAAACUUGCUGCUUCUCAUUUCUGCAGAUAUAAUAGAUCAGAUUAUAGAAAUCCUCGAGUAUUGAUAGAAUCAUUGGCUAGUAGCAUGUGUGAUACAAUAUCAAAUUUUAAAAGUAAGCUGAAAGAAGAAUUACAGAGAAACAAUUCCAAAGAGUCGAUCACCGAUGCUUUCCUUGUUUUAUUAAAUAAUCCAUUGCAUUCAUUGGAGGAUCAUGAACCAAUGCUUUUGGUGAUUGAUGCCUUAGAUGAAAGCCAAGUUGAUGGCAAAAGUGAACUGUUGGAAUUGAUUUCAGAAGAGUUUGACCGACUACCUAAAUGGAUUAAAAUCUUCAUCACCAGUCGUCCAGAACUUCCUGUUCGAAAGGAGUUGAAAGACAUGAAUCCUGUGGAAAUUACAACUCGUCCUCGUGAUAAAAACAACGAAGACGACCUGCACAAGUAUUUGAGACAUCAGUUAAAUGAUCGGGUGCCGAAAGAUCCCUACGUUCUAUCAACAUUAGUUAAUAAAUGUGAGGGAUCAUUUCUUUAUGCUUAUCACGCACAACUGAGCUUAAAGAAAGAAAAUGUUGAAUUUACUGAAAAAAACAUUCAACAAUUGGUCCCUAGUGGGUUAAGCGGUGUUUACACAAAGCAAUUCAAAAGAGUAGAAGAAUUGUUAAUGAAGGAAAUUCCCAGAAAUUCUGUUAUCUUAGAAACUACUUUUAUGCAAUUUCUUGAAUUGUUGGCUGCCUGUCGGGAGUUUUUACCAUUAACUUUCCUGUUUAGCUAUUUAGGUUUUUCUGGUGACAUCAAGUUUGAAGUCAGCAGUAAGAUCUUUGAACCUUUAUCUCAAAUUUUGCCAGUUUACGAUGAUUGUUUAACCGUGUAUCACAAAUCUCUAAUUGAUUGGUUAAAAUCAGAUGGUUAUGAAGAGCAUGAGUUUACAGUUAAUCCAAAAAAUGGUCAUAAGUUCUUAUGGCAUGCUUGUAAGAAAGUGUUUGAGCAAAUUAAGAAGAUGAACAUUUUUGAAGAUCAGAUGAACACUGCUAGGAUUAAAUAUGCUUUAAAGAAUGGAAUCUAUCAUAUGAUAGAAAGUGGUGAAUGUGUUGGCGUUAGGUGGGUCGUAGAUGUCAAAGUGGUUUGUGCGAGGUUAAUGUGUGUGAAAGACAUUAACGUGAAUACCAUUUGGUCUGAAUUGUUUAAAAUCCUUCAGGAAGUACGACCUUUCUUAAAAAAUAAUGAACUUGUGGAACAACACAUUCAUUUGUUUCAGUUAUUGAAUUCGUUAGACAAUGGCUUAUUUUAUUUACAAACUAUUGCAAACAGCAUUCAUUGCAGUAACGAAAGUAGAUUAUUGGCAAGGGAUUUAUUGAGACAAGGAAAGUUUGUUUGGUUUGAGGAUUUAGAAUCAACAUAUCUAACAAACCAUCAUCAUUUGACUGUCUCCUUACGUGCUAAAGUUACAUCUCUUUGUGUAUCGUCCAAUGAAGAACUUCUUGCUGUAGGAUUUAAAAAUGAUGAAAUAUCUAUUUUUGAACUUCCAGAAUUUUCAAAAAGAUGCACUCUAGGCAACAACGCUCAUUCCUUGUAUGACAGCUAUGUCUAUCCAAAAUUAGUGGACUUUUCACUUGAAAUGAUCCCUUUUUGCUCCUUUUCACCUACCGGAAAUAGACUGGUAACUAGUGAUAGAUCAACUGAAGUAAAGUUGUGGGACGUUAACAAUGGACGUUUGUUAUCAUGUUUACAGUCAGAUAAUGUCGUUAAUCAUUGCUCUUUCUCAGAUUCUGGUUUGUUUAUUACAGCAGAUUAUGUAAACGAUUGUUUUCCUUUCCAACAUCAUGCAGAAGUGUUCACUGCAUGGAAUUCAUUAACUUUGCAAAGAAUCGAUCGACGCCGCGUUGUUGAUUACCAAAAACUACAAUGCACCGAUAAAUAUUCAGAGUUCUUUGUUGCAGAAUUCGGCAGGACUUGGUGUGUUUUUCAAUUCCCACUGGCAAUUGAUAUUUUUUCUGAUGAAGAUUCAAAAUUUCCAAAUUUAAUGAUAACACACCAUUAUCGUGAUUGUAUUCUUUAUCAUACAAACCAGAAUCGAAAGCUUUCUGUAAUCACUCAGUUUACAAAAUACAACAAGCAAGGGAUAAUCAAGUUUUGUUUACCAAAGGUUAGCUGUCCAUGUUUAGAUAGCUAUUUUAGAAGAAAAGUCCAUCCAAUCUCGUUUAAGGAAUUUUACGUUGUGCCGUAUUUUUCCAAGCUUAAAAUUUUCAAAACUGAUCAUCUUUGGAGACCUUCAUUUAUCUUUGAGAAGUUUGAAAUUAAAUGUUGUUGUUUUUCACCGGAUGGAUCUUUUUUUGCUGCUUUCGCUGUUGGUGACCACGUCAACAUUCAUAUUUGGAGCAUUGAACGUUGCACUAUUAUUCAAACUGUACCAAUGCAACUGAAGAAUGCAUUAGGAUGUUGGUGGUCAGAUGGUUUACUGUGGAUAUGGGAUGGUUCUGAUCAUCUUACGAAGAUAUCAACUUCGUCUGAAAAUUUUGUAGAUUCCACACACACGAAGCAGUUAAACAUUGGAUUUGAACCUGAAGAAAUCUUAUCAUUUGGUGAUGUCUUAGUUUGUAUUAACAAAGAAAAGUUUGUUCAAGUUGUUAGAAUGACCAAGGGUGAGAUACAAUACAACAAAAGACUUCCUGUCGAUAGUUUUCAAAUUAAAGCAGCAGCUGUAUCACCUGAUAAUUCUGUUAUUUUAACUUCAAACAAAACAGAAUACACAUUAUGGAAAUGGGGAAAUAACAACAAUGAACUUUUCUUGAAACCUUGGCAUACUGCAGAAUUACCCAAAACGUCUUUUAUUGAAAAAUUUGUUCAGAAAGAGAGAACUUUAACUCGUCUUAAAGUCCGUUGCUUUCUAAGUGAUAGUAACCAAGCGGUCAUUGCAUUCUCUUUUCAAGACGGCUUUCACGACCGGAGAACUGGCAUUUAUGUAAUUAAUGUGCAUAAAAACAAUGACGUGAGUACGAUUUGGCAUAGUAUCGAUGAAUUUUUAUGGUCUAGCAGAAUCGUACAUAAAUCAUAUUUCAUUGGUCAAUCUUUUGGCACAUUGUAUGUUGUAGAUUUAAACAGUGGUGAAAUAUGCACUAAAUUUGACGAAAAAGAUCGUUUAAAGUCUAUUAUAACUAUACAUUCCAACACAGGAAAUUUAGCUUUAGUAACAUAUGAUGGAUGCGGAAUUAAAUUUUUAAAACUCAUUGUACCUAAAUGAAUCCACUAAUUCAACCUUUUUUAGUUAUAUUAAUCUAUUGUAUUUACUAACAUUACAUAUCACUUAAAACGAACAUAAAAAGUUCUUUAUAUCACAAAAGGACAGUUAUUUAUGGUAUCAACAACGAACUCAAAAAUAUUGCAGAAAAAAUUGUUCAUAUCCUUUGUUUUAACCGUGGAAAAACUGUCAGUUUUUAUGUAAAAAUAUCACGAACAGAGAGAGAGAGAGAUUAGUUUUUUGUGAUGUCAAGUAAAGAUCUUUUUCAUCAAAAUGAUUCCCGUCAACUUUCAAAUUUAUAUUUGGCGAAUUGAACACUGUAACAUUGUCAAAGUUGUGAUAAAAUUGAGAAUAUCACACGAAGAUGUUGAUUGUCGUAAGGAUGGUCGCUUGUUUUACAUGUGAAAAUUACCAAAAGUGAGAAACUGAAUGAACUUUAUGUUGAUGGUUUACUUUAUGUUGUAUGGUCUGAUAAUUUAGUUAUUUUUAUUAUAUAUUAAACGUUCACUACAUAGAAAUGAAAGAAUGUCGACAAGUCAUUCAUUGUGAGUCAUUUGACAAUAUGGUGUUGUUGUAGAUGAAGAUUAUUUUCUUUAAAUUAUACAGUGACUUUUUUUGAACAUUCUUUCAAAAACUGUAAAUAAAAUUUACCUUACGCAUGUUGACAUCGGGGAAACAAGUUUUGUAUGAUGUUAAAAAUUCACAUUUAUAAAACACCAUCAUGAUGUCAUGUCAUGUCAUUGGGUUUUAUGGUCAUUUAUUGAAAAA